ACAGAUCUUGACGUGUUGCUUGUGCACUUGCGCCUUGGCAGCAGCAUCCAGUAGUCUUCAAACUCUGGCAGUUUAUGUUUUAAUAGUGACUUGCGAGUCAACCCGUAGUCAGCCGUUUCGACAUGGCCACCCGUUGCUCACCCACAAGCUGGAGAUAAGCUGCACGGCAUGCAUGCAUGCAUACAAAGGCCAGAGCACAGAUAAGCUGCAACAAAAACUGCAACAAUGAGGUCUCCGAGAACAAAGCUCAAAUCGAAAAUGGCGCCAACGGCAUUGGUAUCACUCGUGCUCUUCUGCCUCAGCAAUGUCCUAAUAACCUGCAGCGGCAGCGGCGGCACUGGCGCCGAGACAGGGAUCCGCAUGAAGCUCACCCACGUCGACGCCAAGGGGAGCUACACCGCGGAGGAGCGCGUGCGGCGAGCCGUCGCCGCCAGCCGGCAGCGCCUGGCCUCCAUGCGCGCCACCAGCGGCGGUGGCGGCGUGAGCGCGCUGGUGCACUGGGCGACCCGGCAGUACAUCGCGGAGUACCUGGUCGGCGACCCGCCGCAGCGCGCGGAGGCGCUCAUCGACACCGGCAGCGACCUCAUCUGGACGCAGUCCACGGCGUGCCUCCGGAAGGUCUGCGCGCGGCAGGACCUGCCCUACUUCAACGCGUCGGCCUCCGGCAGCUUCGCGCCCGUGCCGUGCCGGGACAGGGCGUGCGCGGCGAACUACCGGCACCUCUGUGCCCUGGACGGCGGCUGCACGUUCGUGGCCAGCUACGGCGCCGGCAGCGUCAUCGGGUUCCUCGGCACCGACGCCUUCGCGUUCCAGUCCGGCAGCGCGGCGCUCGCCUUCGGGUGCGUGAGCUUCACGCGCGUCACGCCGGGGGCACUCCACGGCGCGUCGGGGCUCAUCGGCCUCGGCCGCGGCCGCCUCUCGCUCGUCUCCCAGACGGGCGCCACCAGGUUCUCCUACUGCCUCACGCCCUACUUCCACAACGACGGCGCGUCGAGCCACCUGCUCGUCGGCGCCGCGGCGAGCCUGGGCGGCGGCGGGCCCGUGACGUCCAUGCCGUUCGUGGAGAGCCCCAAGGACUUCCCCUUCAGCACGUUCUACUACCUCCCUCUGGAGGGCAUCACCGUCGGGGACACCAAGCUGCCCAUCCCGAGCUCGGCGUUCGACCUCCGGCAGGUCGACAAGGGGUACUGGGCGGGCGGCGUCAUCAUCGACUCCGGCAGCCCGUUCACAUCGCUCGCCGAGGCCGCGUACGAGCCGCUGCGCGACGAGCUGGCGGGCCAGCUGAACGGCAGCCUCGUGGCGCCGCCGGCGGACAGCGGCCUGGCGCUGUGCGUGACGCGGGGCGACGUCGACAGGGUGGUGCCGACGCUGGUGCUCCACUUCGGCGGUGGCGCGGACAUGGCCCUCCCGCCGGGGAACUACUGGGCGCCGGUGGACAAGUCGACGGCGUGCAUGGCGAUCCUCGAAGGGUACGAGCAGAGCAUCAUCGGCAACUUCCAGCAACAGAACAUGCACCUCCUCUUCGACGUCGCCGGGGGGCGGUUCUCCUUCCAGACCGCCGACUGCAGCACGCUCUGACUCUGAUCAUCAUCAAGUGACGAUGAUAUUUCUAGAUAUAUAAACGCGUCGUCUGUGAAAUAAGAUCAAGCGAUCACUAUCUUUACUCCUCAAAAGUUGGUUUUACAUAUAGGGAGAUGAUGAACAGUAUGUAUGCUAAGAAUAUUCCAGGGGCAUAAUGGUCUUUACAGAACUGCGGUGUGAAGAUUACAGUGGGUUCCUUUAACCUUUCAACCUUGAUGGCUUUUUUU